CACACGUUCGUUUCGCGUUUUGAAAUUCGAACAAUUGAAUUAAAAGAAAAAAUAAAUAAAAGAGUUUGAAAGCUUUGUUGAAUUUAGAACAUGUUCGAUUAGAAAUAAGGUUGCAUUGAAUGAGUUUGUGGUCAUGAUUCCGCAAAUUAUGGAAGCCCUGCUCCUCCUGACCCUGGCAUCUCACACCCUGGCCGCCACGGCGCCGCCGCCGGCCUGCCCGCGCGCCACGCCGCACGCGCAGCCCGCAGACUCGGCCUACCGCCUGGCAGUGGCUGGCGACCCGGACUUGUUCUUGCCUGGGGAGCUGUAUACUGUCACCCUACAAGGAGUGGACACGGGCGAGGGCCCCACCCCGUUCAUCGGCUUCACGAUCUGGGCAGAAAUGGACACAGAAGAGGCUGACGACAAGAAGGAACCAGAUGUGUCCACCAACAAGUCUCUGGGCCACUUCCAAGCCUACGACGCUCAGACUAAGGAGCAUGACUACUGUAUACCCGCUGUUACUAACGCCACCAGUCAUCCCAAGAUUGAAGUGCAGGUGAUCUGGAACGCGCCACUUACAUCCGCCGACCAAUGUAUCCGUCUGGGCGCGUCGGCCAGCGCGCACCUCACCGCCCCCGCUGCCAGCGCCCCCGCAGCUGCCGCCCCCGCAGUCAGCGCCCCAGCGGUUGGCGCCCCCGUGGUGCUGGCCCGCAAGCUGUGUCCCGCGCCCGCCGCCCCAGCUAGUCUGUUGAGGCAGCCGCCGCUGGUUGAGCCGUGCUGCGCGUGUGAUGAGGCUAAGUAUGAGGUGACAUUCGAAGGCACAUGGUCGCGCAACACGCACGGGCGCGAGUUCCCGGCCGAGUCGGGUCGAGCCCACUUCGGUGACGUCAUAGGGGCGUCCCACACGGCCCAGUACCGGGUGUGGCAGGAGGGCCGGGUGGCCUCCCCCGGGAUGAGGCGGCUGGCUGAUGAUGGUGCCACUACUGCGCUGGAGAAGGAGCUUAAAGCUGAGAGCGACCACAUCCGCACCAUAAUCAAAGCGCGCGGCAUAACCUGGCAGCAAGUCUCUGCCUCAAUCAACCCAUCAACAUUCGCCGUCUUCAGAGUGGACGCACGGAAUCACCUCGUCUCAUUGGCUGCGAAAUUAGCCCCGUCUCCUGAUUGGAUAGUCGGGGUGUCGGCUCUAGAGCUGUGUAAUGCUAACUGCACCUGGACUACGACUCUGACGCUGCCGUUGUACCCUUAUGAUGCGGGUACUGAUGGCGGGAUUGGGUAUAUGUCGGAACGUCAGCCAACCGUGCCGCCGGCACCUGUGCGAGCUUUGCGCCCUGAUUGGCCGAAAGACGAGCGCUCCCCAUUCUACAAUACUAAAGGAGAAAUGAGGCCGUUUGCCAGACUACGACUGACGAGGUUGAGGCUCUAUGAGAAGAGCUGUGAUGCUGUUGACACUCACAGCGUGGAUCGUCCAGGGGAAGCGAAGGGCAGCUCCUGCUCCACUCACAACUGGGAGCCUUGGACCCCAUGCAGCGUCACUUGCGGGCCGGGUCGUCAGUCCCGGCAGCGCCAGUACAUCUGGCCGGCCCGCGCCUUCGCCGACGCGUGUCGUGCCCAACUCACCGACCAUCGCCGCUGCUACGGACCGAGGAGGCAUUGCAGAGCACCAACAGAAUACGAGCCGGACCCAGCGGAAUCCACCGGGCCGUGCGCACUAACACCAUGGAGCGAAUGGUCCCCGUGCGCCGGCUGUGGCGUGCGCGCUCGCACUCGCAGCUACGCAGUGGCGCGCGCGCAUAAACGAUGUCACACGGGGCGCAGAGCUAGUGCGCCGCUCAGCCAGGCCAUGCCGUGUGACGCAGGGCCUUGUGACAGACCGCCGGGUGAAUCUUCAAAUUCUACCAACUACGACUGGUUCUAUAUCGAUCGCCCCGGCGGCGAGUGCCCCGUCUCCGCUUGGAGCGGCUGGUCCGCCUGCAGCGCGCGCUGCGGCCGCGGCCGGCGCCUCCGGACCAGGCUCUACUCCGUGCAGAGUGAGGAGCUGCAGGGGCCUCUAACAGCGACGUUGACUGCGCGGUGGGCCGCUACCUUUGCUGCUAUGCAGGGAUUGAACGCAUCAUCAGCCGCGGCCCCAGCCCUGUCUCCGGAGCAAGCCCAGCUGGUGGAGCAGUUCCUCGCUCGCUGCCAGUUCACGCUGACCAUGCAGGAGGCGCUGUGCGAUGGAGAGCACCCUGACUGCGCCCCCGUCGCGCCUGGACCUGAAGUCUGCACCCUCCCGCUAUCAGUGGGCCCGUGCCGCGGCUACUCCGAGCGCUGGUUCUACUCCCCCCGCGCCCGCGCCUGCGAGCCCUUCGGCUAUACAGGGUGUGGCGGGAACGGGAACAACUUCCCAACACAUGAGGAGUGUGCCGCCAUGUGCAAGGGUGUCGGGGAGGGUAGCGCCACCACUGCGGUUCCUGCUACUGUUCCAACGACCGUCUCCACUGAACCGCCAGCCAAGAAGUUGAAGCCACUGGUGACCAAGGAAGACAACGAGGUCAUGCAGAGCGACGCCCCGGCUGGAGAUGGGGAGGAGCGUUGUGAGGCGGGCGCGUGGCUCGGCUGGGGCGACUGCUUCGGGGACUGCCGCCACGCCGUCAAACUCAACUACCGGCGGGUGCUGCAUUACUCCGGGGUAGGCAAGACAUGCCCCGCCCUGGUGAAGAGCCGCCCCUGCCGCCCCGGACACUGCCGCCGCGCCGCCCCGGCCCCCACUGACGCUCCCGAAGACUGAAUGUCCGGCUGUUGAUAUGUUGAUGAUGUUGUGCUAAAUGUGUGUUGCUUGUUGAUAUUGUAGGUUGGUAAGUAGGAAGGUUAACCUUAAGUUCUUGGAUAGAUACGGUCGUACUUAGUUUCAUAACUUAUGGCCAUUGCCAGUU